AUACACUUGUCUUCAAAGUUAAAACCCAACGCCAUUUUGUUUGAACACCCUUUUCCCAGUCGUUAUGGGUUAUGCCCUCUAUUUUUCAUGGUUGCACCUUAAAUUAUUUCUAAUUUAUUUGCUUAUUAUGAUUUUUGGCUUCACCAUUAUCAAAGUCUUGGGAUAUCAUUUAGUUAAGAAGUUCAAAUUGCCCCCAGGUCCCAAACCAUGGCUUCUAGUUGGUAACCUUCCCGAAAUGCUUGUUAACAAGCCUGUAUUUCGGUGGAUACAUAAACUUAUGAAAGAAAUGAACACUGAAAUCGCUUGUAUCCGCCUAGGAAAUGUUAACAUAAUCCCAGUGACUUGUCCUACAAUUGCUUGUGAAUUUUUGAGAAAGCAUGAUGUUGAUUUUGCAUCUAGACCACUAACCAUGGCCACUGGUAUCAUCUCUAGUGGUUAUGUGACAAUAGCUAUUGUACCCUUUGGGGAACAAUGGAAGAAAAUGAGGAGAAUCUUUGUCAAUGACUUGUUCUCCCCACUUAGGCAUCAAUGGCUUCAAGACAAAAGAAAUGAAGAAGCCGAUAACAUUAUGUUUUAUGUUUACCACAAAUGCAAAAAUCCGAGUGAUGAUGCUCUUGUGAAUGUUAGAAAUGUUGCACAACAUUAUUGUUGUAAUGUAGCUAGGAAAUUGAUUUUUAAUACAAGGUACUUUGGAAAGGGUAGGGAGGAUGGAGGGCCUGGUUUAGAGGAAGAAGAACAUGUGAAUAUUAUUUUCGUGUUGCUUAAACAUGUUUAUGCCUUUUCAGUUUCUGAUUAUAUCCCUUGGUUAGGGAUGCUUGAUUUAGAUGGCCAUAAGAGAAAGGUAAAGAAUGGUUUGAAGAUGAUGAAGAAGUAUCAUGAUCCAAUCGUUGAAGAGAGAAUCAAACAAUGGAAAGAUGGCUCAAAGACCAUUGAAGAGGACUUGCUGGAUGUUCUGAUCUCAUUGAAAGAUGUCAAUAAUAAUCCAACAUUGACAUCAAAGGAAAUCAAGGCUCUAACAAUAGUACUACACACUUCUCUCCUUUCAUUAACUGUCACUUGCAUGAGCAUUCAUCAUCACCUUUUUGAUAAUCAUCAUUAUUUUAAGAUUAAGGAAGUAUGA